UAGUAAUAUUAGGGGCCUCGGCUUAUAUUUGGGUCGGCUCAUAUUAGAGUAUAUACGGUAAACAGAAAUCAAACGUAUGUACUGGAAAUGAAAGAAAAUGUUAAACAAAGUAUAGUAAACUUUAACACAUUUUUCAACACCAUCCACCUCCAAAAUAUGGAAUUAAAAUGCUGUCCACAAAAUUGUAGUAAAAACUGAAAAACCUGCCAAAAAACUGCCACAUUGUCAAAAAAAUAGGGACAAGGGAUGACAUCUAUUUGAAAUGUUUUUUUGCCUGUCCACUUUCUAAAGUAAAAAUAAAUAAUGGGACAACCCCUUUAAAUCCAAAAAUAGUUUUGUACUCGAAGGGUUAAUAAAUCAAGUGCUGUGUCCUAGGUUGCUAGGAUUGUUUAAUCCAAUGGUUGAGGUCACAUGGAUCCUGGUGACCAUUAUACAGCAGUCUCUGUCAUGAAUCACUACUUUUAUAUAUAGAGCCAGUGCUGUCUGGAAAUGUUAGCUCUCAUGUGCCUAUGGUGUUUACAGGGGAUUGUUCCUGAAUAGGUGCACUCUUUGUAACACCAGAUAUUAUGUUGUGUGCUUGUGGCUUAAUGUUGGGUGCAGUCACCUCUAUUUGGAAGAAGGAUCACGUGCUGGAUGGGAACAUUAGGAGCAGCAAGCAUAAUCCAUAAAUCUACCACUACUUUCAAGAUGGCCAAGGACAAGAUGAAUGGCAGCCUGCACUUGCUAGAUCUGCCUUGGGAAGAUGUGCUUGUUCCUCAUAUCCUUUCCUAUUUACCCUUGAGGCACAUCAUAAGUUUGCAGAGAGUCAGUAAAGCGUUCCAGUCUUUAGUUCAGCUAUAUCUGGCCAAUUGCCGCAGCUUUGAUUCCACCCAGCUUGGCUCACAGUUGCCCAAAAGUGCUUUUUCCUCCAUGCUAAGACACAAUUCAGUAUUACAAAGGCUGGAUCUACGAAGUUGUUCUGAUUGGCUAACAGAUAUAGAGCUACUUCCAGUCAUUGGGCAGAACCAUCAUCUCCUUCAUAUCAAUCUGAACAGCUGUGUGCAGCUGAGCCGUCAGUCCUUGGUGGCCAUUUCACUCAGCUGUCCCCUCUUACGGAAUAUCUGCCUGGGUCACUGUGAAUGGUUAGACUGUCUUUCCCUCCGCAGCCUGGCAGAUCACUGUAAACAUUUGGAGGCUGUUGACCUGACAGCUUGUCGUCAGGUGAAGGAUGACGCAGUAUGUUACUUGGUACAGAAAAGCAAGAAAAUCAAAUCUCUCUCACUAGCUGUUAAUGCAAACAUUAGUGAUACCGCAGUGGAAGAGACUGCUAAAAAUUGCCGAGAUUUAGAGCACCUUGACUUGACUGGAUGUCUGCGUGUCAAGAAUGAAUCUAUUAGGACUCUUGCCGAGUACUGUGCCAAGCUGAAAUCCCUCAAAGUAAAGCAUUGCCAUAAUGUGACAGAAUCAAGUCUAGGAAUCUUGAGGAAGAGAGACGUUAUUUUGGACGUGGAGCCUCCCUUACAAAGAGCAUUGGUUCUCUUGCAGGACGUUGUUGGAUUUGCACCAUUUAUUAAUCUUCAAAUAUAGCAAUAUUCCUAGAGCAAGGCCACAUAUUUUCUAAUUACCACCACUGCCAAAACCCCAGAAGACUCCUAACACUACCAUACUGGCACACAAUCUGCAGCCAGACUUUACAGCAGCAGUAAACAUUUUAAAAGGUGCCAUGAGGACGGAGAACAUUACUUUGUGGCUGGAGGCAGCUGAGAUUUACUGCCAUAAUUCAACAGGAGGUUGAUGGUGAUUAUUAGCACAUCAAGAUCUUUGAUUUGUUGACCUUUUACAGAGCAAGGAACAGCAGACUGCCCCGCCGGUGACACCACGGAUGGUUUUAUUUAUUACUGCAGAGCAAGAUAAGACAUAUUUACACAGUAUCAUUCACUUCAGCUAACUUCAUGCAGCGAGUGAAGCGUGGCCCAGCGGCAGACUAGACUAUGGGGAUAUAUUAUGAAUAUGGAUAGACAGUUUGGUGGAAUUGUUUCGUGAUAUGAUUAAUAUUAAAUACAAGUUAUAAAAUGAAAAGGAUUGUGUGAAGCCCAAGUAUGAUUUGUGUGCAUUAUAACUUAUUACA